CCUCAUCAUCUCUCAACAUAACAACAACAAUCUCUUUCUUCUUCUUCUUCUUCCUCUCUUCUGUCCAUGGUGUGUGUGUGUGCAUGUCUCUACACUAGCGGUUGAUGGUAGCAGAAGAGAGAGAGAUAUCAGAGAGAAGAGAGCUGGCCGGAAUCGUGAAUCGGAGGAAGAAACCAAAGAUUAAAGGCAUGGAUGAUUGGUGGCAGAAGAUGGUUUUUCCGGUCAGGAAAGUCUGGAUUGCAGUUUCUGCUCGUGUUAAAGCUCGCAAACAUGGUGCAGGCCUAUUGAAGCUUCGUGAUGACAUACAAACUUGCGGGUACGAGGAUGUCCAGGUGAUGUGGGAGAUGCUGAGAAGAACGGAAUCUGAGUUGACAUCUCGCCCGCAUAGUAAGCCCAAACACCGACCCUUUUGGAGAAUCUUCGUAUGGUCCAACCACAGAACUUGCCCGCCUUUCUCAACAACCCAUGCCCACCAGUAACCAACCUGCUGCACGUACUAUAAGAGUAAUAUAUGUUAAGGAAUCAUCCUCCUUCGGCUGAUAGCUACAAGAUAUGGUCCAAACGUAUCGAGUGUCCAUAUCAGUAUGAUAGUGAAGGAUGUGUAUCUAUUUCAGUAUUUCCCCUCCUCACCCAGAUUACGCCAAACAGACAAUUGUAAAUAGAAAACAUCUUUUCUCAUGAUCUAGAAAGAACAGACAAAUUGACAGGGGGGAACUAUGAAAAGGUCAAAUUUCCGCA